GCCUUUCAACCUUGUGACCUCAGAUCAGGGUGUUAGAAGCUCGGCCGACACUCAGGAGCGUGCGAGGCAUGUCUUGUGAUACUGUUUGACUGACCUCCUUCUCCGACUACGACCAUGUUCAGAUCCGUUUCUGCCCGCAAUGUUCGUACGGCCGUACGCUCGUUCUCGGGCGCGCAGGCGUUGCAAAGACGAUGCGCGUCGACCAAGACGUUGAGGGAGACGCUGCAAGAGGUUGUACCUGCUAAGCAGGAGGCCCUCAAGAAGCUCCGGGCUGAGCACGGCUCUGCCGUCGUCGGCGACAUCAAGGUCGAGAACAUCAUCGGUGGCAUGCGCGGGCUGAAGAGCAUGCUCUGGGAGGCGUCCGUCCUUGACCCGAAUGAGGGUAUUCGUUUCCAUGGGCUCAGCAUUCCCGACUGCCAGGGCAAACUCCCGGCUGCGCCGGGUGGCAAAGAGAUCCUCCCGGAGAGCAUGCUAUGGCUCCUGCUCACCGGACAGAUCCCAACGGAGGCCCAGGUCCGUCAGCUCUCCGCGGAGCUCGCGGAACAGGGCGAGCUGCCCGCACACAUCGAGAAACUCGUCGACUCGCUGCCAACGACCCUGCACCCGAUGACCCAGCUCGCCAUCGGCGUCGCCUCGAUGAACCACGACUCCAAGUUCCAGGCGGCGUACGAGAAGGGCAUGAAGAAGUCCGAGUACUGGUCCGUCAUGCUCGAGGACUGCAUGUCGCUCAUCGCCAAGCUUCCCGCCCUGGCUGCGCGCAUCUACCGCAACGUGUACAAGCCCGAAUUGCCCGCCCCGAAGGUGGACAAGAACCUAGAUCUCAUCGGGAACUACGCGGCCAUGCUUGGCUACGGAGACAACAAGGACAUGACCGAGUAUCUCCGGUUAUACAUCGCCAUUCACGGCGAUCACGAAGGCGGAAACGCUUCUGCCCACACCGCUCACCUGGUCGGUUCGACGCUAUCUGAUCCUUUCAUCAGCUACUCCGCCGCGCUUUGUGCUCUUGCUGGACCCCUGCACGGCCUCGCCAACCAGGAAGUCCUCCGGUGGCAGAUGACGAUGCAGAAAGAGCUCGGGAACGAGAUCACGCACGACAACAUCAAGGAUUACCUCUGGCGCACGCUCAAGAGCGGACAGGUCGUUCCCGGCUACGGCCACGGCGUGCUGAGGAGUCCAGAUCCGCGGUUCACCGCCCUCCUCCAGUUCUGCGAGACGCGGCCGGACUUGAUGGCGAGCCCCGCUGUGCAACUCGUCAAGCAGACCUUCGAAGUCGCCCCCGCCGUCUUGAAAGAGCACGGGAAGACGAAGAACCCGUAUCCGAACGUGGACGCCGCGAGCGGCUGCGUGCUGUACCACUACGGCCUCACCCAGUUCAAGUACUACACCGUCAUCUUCGGCGUCAGCCGCGCGCUCGGCGCGCUCACGCAGCUCGUCUGGGCACGCGCGUUCGGCCUGCCGAUCGAGCGACCAAAAUCCGUGUCCAUCGCCGAGCUCCAGAAGUUGAUCAAGUAGUGGGCUUUCGAACGGAAGUUGGAUUUCUUCUUUCUGCGUUGGUCGGAGGACGGAGGGUCGAAAGAUAUAUACUGUACAACAUUGAUGUUUACGUGCUUAACUGACGUUUAACCUGCACGGGCUGCAGCCCGCGGCGGAGGGAUGGAAGAAAGAUGAGGACCCAAACUGUUGUAACCCCGAAUGCGCACAAGAGAUACAAGAGGAAAAAGUAAGGAAGAAGACCGAUAGCGAGGUCUUUCUGAACGAGUGUGUGAGAUAAACGAAGGGCUUGAGAGAAGAAGGGAAAGAUAUCAUGUACUUAACGCUCAGUCCGGAAUUUAAAAAAACGACCACAAGGACUGCAACAAACCCAGCGAGAAAGGCAACGUGAAAUACGGGCCGUGCGGGUAUCCCGGUACAACACAGCGAAAAGGCGUGAGGGGCCCGACUCCGCCAGCAGACGCGAUCAGAACCGGCGAGGCUGCACCUGCGGCGGUGGGCCCUGCUGCAUCGGCGGGCCCUGUGGCAUCGGCCGUCCGCCCGGGCCUGGCGCGUAGCCCUGCGGCGGGGGUCCGCCCACGACCGGCCGCGGUCCUCCGGCGUAGCCCUGGGGAGGAGGUGCGAAGCCUCCGGGGCCGGGUCCGGGGCCGUACCCGCCGCGCCCUGGAGGGGGACCGCCGCGUCCACCGGGAGGAGGUCCACCGCGCACCAUGGGUGGCGGAGCACCACGCCCCGGGCCAGGGCCGGGGGCGGGGACGGAGGCGCUGCGGGCAGGGGUGACCGCGCCGGGGUCUUGCAGUGCGACAGGGGCGGGGCGGACGGCAGGGUUCUUCUCGGCGGCUUUCAUGAUCUCAUCAUCGAGGAGGUUGAGGGCGGCGCAAAGGACGACCCAUUCGACGCAGUCCUCGUUGCCCUCGCCGAGCGUCUGCCAGACGGCCUUCUCCUCGGGCGUCUUGCCGGUGAUGCUGAUGCGCGUGCCGCCGCCGCCGGGCCCGGGCGGGUUCUUCUGGAUCUUGCCAAACUCGAUCCGCUUGGGCGGGAUGUUGUGGCCGGCGUAGGCGAAGUAGAACAUGGACCAGAACGCGGCGUUGGGGUUCGGCUUGGAGAUCUGGAAGAGGGGCAGGUCCGGGGCGCCGUCCGGGGCGGGCAGCGCGAGCUUGUAGAUGGGCGAGAUGACGCCCGUGUUGGCGAUGGACCAUUUCAGGUUGCGAGAGGCUUCGCAGCGGACGACGCGGGGGUUCGAGCCGCUGGACCCUGGCCCGUGCCCGGGGUCGGAGGCGGAGGCUUUGCCGGCGCCGUGCGGCGGCGGGCGGGGCGGGAAGAGUUUGGCGACGCAGAGGUCGCCCUGGGGGGAGGGCGUCAGGAGGUAGUUUUCGGCGUUGAAGUUGGUGUGGAUGUACGAGUAGAGGAUAUUCUGCGGUUGGCCAUGGGGCGUGACGAUGAGGGUCGGGAGGUGGUUGGGUAUCGGCGGAUGGUUGGGCGAGGUGUACACGGCAUAGAUAGCUGCCAUGGCUUGCGACC